UGUGACGCCAGUUUAUUUGGAGGUCAGCUGAUCGAUUCAGGUCGAACGUCUUUCUGUCUAUUUUUCUUGGAUUAAACUGUCUAAGCAAUAUUUUAAGCUGACUUGGGGAAACCAUAUGUGUCUAGAGCAGGCUUAGGCCAAGAAGAGAUUCUAUAGAGGCCAAUUGGUAAUCUUGUUUCAGCUGUCUGAGAAGAUGUGGGAUGGUGUGGUCUGGUGAUGAGAGACCGCUGUCCAGUUAUAAUAAACUGACUUAAGUACUGUGAUGGCGAAGGUGACCACCGCUGAACCCCUGGGUCCUCCUCCAGGGGAGGUACCCCAGAGCAAUCCCGACGUCUUCAGCAUAGUAAAGUGGCCUGCUGCUUACUGGUAUAAGAAGAAAAGGCGGUGGAUAUAUGGGAACUUUUACAUGUUCCAUGACUGUAUUAUCUUUCAUCAUGAGAAGCAAAACAAACGGCUCAUCCAGGUGCAGAUCCCAUUUGAUUCAAUCUUCCAGAUCUGUAAAGGAUCGUCCAUGUUCGUCUAUGCUGCCCUGAUAAUAGCGGUCAAGAAUGACCAGCACUGGUUCUCUGCACUGCCCAAUCGGGACGGAGCCUACGUCAUGCUGGAGCAUUUUUGGAAAGAGAGACUGGCGUCGAAAAAACAUGACAGAAAGAAAGGAAGUAAAGGCAAGACACAGAAAGGACAGGAACUACUGAAGAUAACAGCUGACUCUGAGAAAACCCUACAAAAGGCUGCAACACAGCUACACCACCAGGGGGAGCAAUUGGAUGCUACUAUGGCAACAACCUUUGACAUCCAUGCUGACCUUGAUGUCACAGAAAAUAUCAUAUCCGGCCUGGAAUCAUGGCUUGGAAAGUGGAGCGCCUCCGUGAAUGUCCCCGCUGAGGCUCAUGUGGUCCUUUCUCCGGGGGAUAUCCCAAAAAUACAGGAGUACCCUGUGUUGUUUCAGAAAUUCUCUCGUAAGCAUGAGAACACCUGGCAACAGGGUGUUUUUGAGAUCUCCCCUGAAGGACUUAUAAUUAAGGAUCAGCUGAAUGCCAUUGUGCAGUUUUAUGGGGUCAAGGACGUGUCAAAGGUGAAGGUCACCACCCCGUGGGAAAUAGAAAUCUCAAAGUUUAUGACAGGACAACCUGAUGUCAAGUACAGAAUUAUGUCCACCAAGAUGGUGCAAAUAUUAAAGGUGCUGGAAGCCAAAUACAGGUCAAAGAUGGAGUAUGAAGGACCUCCAACUUUGGAGAAAUGGCAGAGGAAAUCUUGUGGUGAGGAUCAGCAUAUCAAGCUGGAAGACAGAAUAGACGAGGAUGUUUUCACCACCCCUCCCUCCAGCCCUUACCCCUCCAUUUCAGAGAAAAUGCAAUCACAGUCUCAACCACAGCCACAACUAACGCAAUCCGAUCUCAUCACAGACGAGGAGCUGGAUGAGCUCAGUUCUGCUGUGAGUACCAUGAAGACUAUGGCCACAGAUAUCGGCUACGAGGCUGACAGACAGAAUGAGAAUAUUGAGGAAAUGUCGCACAUGGUGGAGGGUGCAACACACAGGAUAAAAAGCAGUGAUAAGAGAGUGAAAAAGUUGACAUAACAUGCUGGAGUUCCAUAAGAUAAAAAAAGAAAGACGUCUUUCACUGGUUGUAAAAUUGAAUUUUCAGCUGGAUUGGAUUUUGAUGGGCGAUUCAUGUAAGACUUAGUUCAGUGACUAAGUUCAGGGAUGCUUGGUAUGCAUCAUACCAGAUAAGUGUUCUUUACCAGUGAAGAAUAAAAAGAAGUUGCCAUUGUAUAAAAAGAAAUACAGUAUAGGAUAGAAAAAUAGAAAAUGGAGAAGUGGAGAGAGAUACUACAUUUUGGAGGGUGUUGGUCUCAGAAAGUAUGUAAAAGUAAACUAAGGAAACCAAAGUAUAAGUCAAUAUAAAUAAGAUGCAUUUCAUAAUAUUCAGUGAAUUGGAGCAUUUUUUUGCUAAGUUGACUAGCUUCCUAUUAAAGGGUAAAAUGCCAAAUAAAUGGACAUGCUGAACUUGAUCAUUUUCCAUGUUCAAGAGGCUCUUUGGAGUAUUGUAAGUGUGUGUGUAAAUACCAAAUCUUUUCUGACACAAGCUGACAAAAUGUUAUCUAUCAGAAUAUGCCUAUGGCAAGUUCUGACAUUGGUUUUUCGGAUGUUCUUAUAUGAGAAUGAUCGAAACCUCUCGUUGAGCCUUUUUUGAGCCCACUCCCACCCCACACUAAACCCACUUUUUAAACCAAAGGUCUCACACAGAGUAGAAUGUCUUGUCAAAAAACUUCAGGAUAGUUCUCCAGCAUUAAGUGAUACCAGACUAAACGCAUCAAACAGUUCCCUGCAUUAUGCCUUGCUUGCCAGAGUUGGGUUUCUGAAUUAUUAUUCAAAGAUAUUAUCUUCCUAUUAAUUUAGCAUAAUCAUAUGCUGUUGCUCUAUGCCAGGUGAUCUGAAUGCUUUUAUUUAGUCAUAUUAUUAUAUUUCUAUGUUACUGUUUAAUAUUUUUUGUUAAAAAGCAGCAAGGUCAUGGUAAAAAUGUCCCAAAGUUUUUUUCAACUGUUACUGCUGUUGUUGAGUCAUAAAUUGUGUCUGUAAACAAGAGAAUUUGCUUUUCUAAAGUUUUCUUUGUAGUCAUUUGCAUUUGUAUUUACAAAUGUCUGCUUGUAAAAAUAUUGCCUAUAAAGAGGCAUAAAGUGAAGAAUUAAUGAGUACCUGAACUUUUUGCCCAGUUUCAAGACCAUAUUUUGAUAUACUUGAAACCAAUUUCUGCAAGUGGUUUGGUAGAAAUGAAUCAGUUAUGUUGUUAAAAUGCUAUUUUUGCCAUUGAUUAAGAUCUGCAAUUGACUCUUGGAAUACUG